AUCAAUAAAAAUAUUGUACAUGAUCAAUAUAACGUUUCACACGUUAUUUAUGCAUUGCGAUAAUAAAUCUGAAAAAGGAAGGCAUGACCUAAUUGUAACCUCAUUCUAUCUCUUGCUAAAAUGAUAGAAUACCCAAUGACUACAAUCUGAUCCAAUGGGUAUGAAAGUGUGUGUCUGGACAUUCUUCUUUCUUUUGGUUGUCUUGCCAUCUAGCCAUAUGUUUCAUGUUGAAAUCACAUGUUUUUUCUUUCCUGUGCUAUGUAAAUAGGAUCUGGGCAAACAGGCAGUCAGCUGCAAGGUCAAAGGAAAGGAAGAUGCGAUACAUUGCUGAGCUGGAGAGGAAAGUACAGACACUGCAAACAGAAGCAACAUCACUCUCUGCUCAAUUGACUCUGUUGCAGAGAGAUACCAAUGGACUGACUGCUGAAAAUAGUGAGCUGAAACUGCGUUUGCAAACAAUGGAGCAACAGGUUCACUUGCAAGAUGCCUUAAAUGAUGCAUUGAAAGAGGAGAUCCAGCAUCUGAAGGUACUGACUGGACAAGCUUUGCCAAAUGGUGCCCCUAUAAUGAAUUUUGCUUCUUACGGAGCUGGGCAGCAAUUCUAUGCCAACAAUCACGCAAUGCAUACUCUUCUAACAGCACAGCAGUUCCAGCAACUUCAAAUUCACUCUCAGAAGCAGCAGCAACAGCAGUUCCAGCAGCAUCAACUGCAUCAGCUUCAGCAGCAGCAAUUGCAGCAGCAGGAACAGCAACAGCAGCAGCAGCAACAGAGUGGGGACUUGAGGAUUAAGGGAUCCAUGCCUUCUCCCAAUCAGAAAGAUAAUACAUCAGAUGUUAACCCUCCGACGAAGGAUUAAGAGAGAAUGGACCAUUUUGGAAGGUAAACCAUCGGAGGUUUUUUCCUAUUUGUUCAGAACCUUUAGCCAGUCUUUUGUCAGAUAGGACAUCUACGCUCUUCAGGAAUUUCUUGAUUUGUUUAGGUAAAUCUAUAUAAGAUUUAUUUCUAGGCAGUUGAAAUAUAUAUUUGAUUUUAGUUAAAAAAGAGUGGAUUUUGGGACAUAUGCUGCAUGGUAUAGCAUAUUUAGCACCUUUCAAGUAUGGCUCUGUAGUUUGUUUUGUUUAAUCGCUAAUGCUGGGUUAGCAUAGCAGUUGAGUCGUCCACGGAUUGGAGCAAUUCUUUUGAGUUUUGUGUUUUGUUUUGAUUGCUCCAUGUGCUUGUACAUGCACACAGAGGAAGGGGAAACACAAGGAUUCUGUUUGAUCUAUGUUGUAUUUGCAA